AUGGAACGGGUUUGGCGUAAAGUAAACCAGGGCCUCACGUUACGAUCCUCCUCGUCGAAAAGUGCCACCGUCGCGGGUGGACCAACGGUGCCAAAUGCUGCCACGGCCACUGGACCAGCAGGACCGUCGGGCGGCACGGGUACGGCCGGUCCUUCCGGUGUGCCCCACUCGACGGAUACGACAAGUUCGGCCGGUUUCGGCGAAUCGCAGGUGGUGGCCGUACAGAGGCGCCGCUCGGUGGUACCGCAGGCAAGUACGGCCUCGUCGGAAAAGCGAAGGCGCCGGCGACGACGCAGCCGGCCGAGCAGGGAAGGCGCAUCACAAAGUGGCCAUGGGUCGGGAGGUCACCACAAGGGCCAUUCCUCGAAUGGACGCCGGGUCAACAACCAAACCGUCACUAUCGCGCAACAGUCCAACGAACAGUCGCUUCGACAACGAGCCGUGGCCCGGCUGAAGAUGUUCAACUUCAACCUCAACUGGGACCUUCACAUGACGCAGUGCAAACCGUGCGGGCCUAAGAGCAGUGGCAACAUUAUCACUCGCAGGCUGUGCCGUAAUCGGCGCGGCGAGGACAACGAACUCUACCGCUCGAACAGCUUCAAGUUCGAGCGGUUCGAACGAAAGGAUCCGAUGGAAACGGGAGCCAGGACAAUGCUGCGAAAACAGAUAUCCGUCUGUGAUGACUACAGCUUACCGAUUGACUUUGUAAAGAAACGACCGUCCAGUUUUGAUCCCUGCCUCGUACAGCAUAUACCAACCAAUUGGGCCUCUCCAAGUCCACAAUCAGACCACGUUUCAUUCCUAGAACCAUUAAUACUGCAACAACCCUUGUCAGCGGUUCCGACCAUCGUCAACAAUAAUCUACCGGCGAGUGCAACAAUAACAUCCGGCAUUCCGACAGCCGGUACCAUCGGUCGCCCAUCGCUUCCCUUAGUGCCAUCCGCUUCCGGUCCGUCGCUGUGCCAGCCGCAGCCAGCACCGGACGCAGCGGCUACCGCGGCGGCAAACACUGUCGCCAUCAAGACGCUCGAAGAGAUCUUCGAUACACAUCGGAGCUACAAGGCAACCGGGCGCCAUCGUGCGAGAAGCCGUACCCGUCGUCCGGACAGUUGUUCGGAGGUGAAGUAUAUAAAUCAAAAUUUUAGUUCCGGUUCAUCCGCACCGGUUUCUUCUGAGGAGGAAGACAACGACGAAGAGGAGGACGAGCUAAGUAAGAUACCGGAGCUCAACUCGCCGGAUAGUAUCUCGGACGAUUUGGUCCAAGCACUUCCAGUACGCCAGAGUCCAGUAAAGACAACUGGGCCGGAUACGGCGAAAAGGAAUCCUUCACCCUACUACUACUCCGAUUUACUGAAGAAUAAGCAACGAGAAAAGGACGGAACGGAUCGUGAAGUCCGUCAGGAAGUUGGAGAUCGGGAAGAAGUAGCUCCAAAGCCCGCCACAUCGCAAACACCCGGCGACGGGGGGAGUAGCGUACGUCAAGGGCGCGAAGUUGGGGUGCGGUACAAGAAGAGUAGCAGCCUCGACACACCCGGAGCGGAGAAGGAAGUUUGCCUACCGAAGCGUUACUCCAUCACAGAGGAGGGCGUGCGUAUCAUCCGGUGCGACUCACCGUCCACCACUACCUCGGACGAUUCGGACUGUUCCGAAUGUUGCAAGCGUCGGGCCUGGCAUGCGCAAGCAUUAGCCAUUACACGGGCAAGCUGUAACCUCGGUCCACCGGUCGAUGCUAGUUCGAUGCCACCGCACCGUUUGCUCGGACCAGCGGCAGUCUGUGCCUGUGCGACGCCGGCCUUCGGCGAUGACAACGAUGAGCUCUUCCGUCCGCGCAGCAUCUUCUACGUGCACCAGCCGGGCGCCGAAGAUUGCGCUGACUGUGCCCUGAGCGACCCUGCCGCCCUAGCCCCGAGUGCCGCCGUACCGGACGAGAUGGCGAAUGUGCGGACGCGCCAGAUCUACGAGACGGCGUUCGAUUCGAAGAUCACCCGUUCGGACGAUGAUCUGGACGAGGUGGAUCGUAUCACGAACCAGAGCGUGCUGUUGCAGCUGACCAAGAGCAACAGUAGCAGCGCGAGCAAUAUGGUUUCCGGCCAGAGCCGCAGCAAGCGGUUAGAGUCGAAGCGAAGCAAAGCGGCCUCCAGUAAAACGCCUUCCGCCAGCCACCAGCCGGCAGCGAUCGGUGGGCCAGAUGCUGAAGGUACGGAUGAGGUUGCCAAGGCGGACCAGCUGUUGGCGCAGGACCUCCAGGAGAAGCUGCAGAUCGACAAACAAAUGGACAAUAUCGCGAACGCAAACUCAACGUCUUCCUCCCAGCUUCCCCUGCGGGGAUACACACCGUCCCCUCCGUCAACUGCGCCCCUGCCCAUGAAGUUCCCCGGCAAGCACGAGCGGUUCUUCAUCAACAGCAUCAAGAGUGCGCCGAACCUGCCCUCCUCGAACGCGGUUGCCCAGCAUCCGCGGCUCAAGGACCUCCGGCUGGACAUACAGAACGUGCGCAACAAUGAGGUUCCAUCGGGCAGCUGCGACGGUAGCAUCGGUAACGAUGGUGCCCCGUUCAGCCGUGGCGGUAAGGUGGGCGAACGGCCCCGAUCGACGCUGUGCCUGGAACCGGAGCGGGUGCUCGAGCUGAAGCGUGGCCACCGGACGUCGCACCAUCAUCACGGCAAGCAGCCGGCCCAUCCGCAACGUGGGCGGAACUUUUCGUCCACGGAAAGCAUGGCCACGUCCAGCAGCGGCGGCAGCAUGGAGUCGUUGAAGUCCAGCACCAGCGAGGGUAACCGAAGCACGUCCAGUUCGGAUUCGCGCCAUUCCUCGUCGCUGAGUUCGCACAGUUCCGAUUCGGGACCAUCGCUGGCGUUCCCGCUGCGUGUGCCGGUGGCGGUGCACAACAAGCUGAACAUUCUCAGUCCAAUAUCGGACAAAUCGUCCCAGGAGCCGGGCUCGGAGACGUCGGACAUUAACAACCGGAACAACAACUCGCAGAAGCAGUCCCCGGUGGACGGUACGGGUGUGAAUGUGGUGAGCACUACCACUGCUGGAGGCACGCUGACCACCAAGAAGGAGGGCGAUGAGAGCGCUGGUACGGAGGCUGUGAAAACGAGCGUCACAAAGAGACGUUCCGCACCGAACAAGGCGUUGUUGCUAAUAACCGGUCCCGAAAUCCAAGGUUCCGACAGUGGAAUUUCACUUCACUCGCGCGAGGACCUGAAGUCGCGAACGAACUUUUUAAACAUGGGCAUCCAGCGUGCAUCGCUCAGCGGGCAGGAAAAGCAAAGCGACCAUGGCAAGGGACAGGCAGGACUGCCGCAGGACCUCAACGAUCUUCCGUUCGAUAUGCCAAAGCUGCGGCGAAGAAGGGCACACCUGCAGCAGGAACCGUGCACAUCUGGCAGUGUCACGUCGGUGGACGUGGGUGAGCUACCCUUCGAUAUGCCGAAGCUGAGGCGUCGUUUGCGAAUGUCGCAAAAUCAGCAACAUCAGCAGCAGCAGCAGCUGCUGCAGCAUCAGUUGCAGCACCCAUACCCCGGCACGGUGGCGUCUACAUCGGGCGGUAUGCUGCUGCAGACGAGCACCGAAUCGAGCGGCCUGUCACAGGCGUCGUCCAGCCUGUCGAUGCGAGACUCCGACAGCAAGCUGGCACUGGCUGGUGGUUUCUUCAAGCAAAGCUUAACGCUUAACCUAAACGAGUGUGGCAGUCGGCCACCGAAGAAGUUUGGCACACUCGAUCUGGGUCUUAAUCUGGGCUCGAAUCGGCCAAAUGUGGACCUCAUCGAUGCAUCCAUUCCACUCGAUCGGCAAGGCUGGUACCAUGGUUCCAUCAGCCGGAUCGAUGCCGAAAAGAUCCUUCGACCACUGUCGGAGGGAAGCUUCCUGGUGCGCAACAGUGAAUCAACCCGUCAGGAUUACUCUCUCACACUGAAGAGCGCCAAAGGCUUCAUGCACAUGCGGAUACAGCGCGACACCGACACGGGCCAGUUCAUACUCGGCCAGUUUAGCCGCCCGUUUCCAACGAUACCGGACAUGAUACGGCACUUCUGUUUGAACCGCUUGCCGGUCCGUGGUGCCGAGCACAUGUGUCUUCUCGAACCGGUCAUUGCGCAAAUCCUCUGA